AGAAAGUGAUUAAAAAAGACUGAGUCUUGAUAAAUGUUUCCUGCAAAACCACAAGUACCCAUUUCAGAAUUCCCCUUCAACGCGUAUUUCUUCAAUGGGUUACCUUUCUUGCAAGGCGGAAUCGGCAAUCUCCAUAAUCUCCACCUCCGCCUCGACCCAGAAUUCAUCUUCCAAAGUGGGUCUGAAUAAGCAGGAAAAACCCAUCAAGAUCCAGCAGUUUGAUUACAGCGACCUUGAAGCUGCCACCAAUGGUUUCUCUGACCAGAAGCUUCUCGGCAAGGGCAGCCACGGUUCUGUCUAUAAGGCCGUUCUCAGGGGCCGACAUGUGGCUAUCAAGAAACCAUCGUCGAGGAAUCAAGAGACCAACCAAGAGGCUGAUAACGAGAUCGAAAUCCUGUCCAAGAUUCACAGCCCAAGAUUGGUGAAUCUUCUUGGCUUCUCAAAUGACUCUAAAGAUCGUUUGUUGGUCGUCGAGUUCAUGAGUAAUGGCACUUUGUAUGAUUUUCUUCACUCUAAUUCUUCAAGGCCUUUAAAUUGGGGUAGGAGAAUUCGAUUGGCUUUGCAAGUUGCUAAGGCUUUAGAGACACUUCACGCACAAAAACCACCAAUAAUUCAUAGGGAUGUGAAAUCAGCAAAUGUGUUAAUUGACAGGAACUUUAAUGCAAGAUUAGGGGAUUUUGGGCUGGCACUUAGGUGUGGUGUUGAUGAUUAUAGGCUUAGAUCUACUCCUCCUGCGGGGACUAUGGGAUAUCUUGAUCCAUGUUAUGUGACCCCUGAUAAUUUGAGUACAAAAACAGAUGUCUUUAGUUUUGGGAUUUUGUUGCUGGAGAUCAUUAGUGGUAGAAAAGCUAUUGAUGUUGGGCAUUCACCACCUUCUAUUGUGGAUUGGGCGAUCCCUCUUGUGAAGAAAGGGAAGAUUGUUUCUGUCUAUGAUCCAAGAAUUGCACCUCCUAAAGAUCCUGUUGUUAGGAAGCAGUUGGCUGUAAUUGCAGCAAAGUGUGUGAGGUCUUGUAGAGAGAGACGGCCUGCAAUGAAAGAGAUUGUUGGUUGGUUAACAGCUCUGAGCAAAUUGGUUCCUCUUCAUUCAUGGAAUGGUUUCAAUAAUCCAUGUCUAAUGGUGGAGACAAUGGGGCGCCCUGUUGAACUGAGAGGUAACAAGGAGAAUUCAGAUGCUUUAGAUGGUAAGUUUGACGUCCAAGACCCCAAGGAUACAAGGAGAGUGUACUCAGAUUUGGGGUUCAGUAGCAAUUUGAUGGAACUUAUGGGCCUGGCUAGUCUUGAGGGAGACUCAGAAGCCUGGGGAGAGGCUGAUGGGAUUCAAAAGCCUGGUUUAAAAUCCAGAAGUCGGGUCUCUAGUUCUAGAUUUGGAAGUAGAAGAUAUGGUAAUAGAGGGAAAGGUCAAUAUGAGGCUGGUGAUAAUGAUAAAGGUCUCAUCCAUUUGAGGCGAAAUCAAUCAGCAGGAGAAAGUUCAGAAAUAUUCUCAAGAAAAGAUGCUCAACCACAUUUAAGUUCUCGCACUCUUGAUGAUGGUUCAUUGUAGCAGUUCAAGGAGCAGAAGGUGGCAGGCUCCUAAGCAUCUGUUGAACCUCAAACUGGUUUUGUGUUUAUUAGCUCGUUUCUUUGUGGAUUUUAAGGAAUUCACAUUCUAUCUGUUCUCUAAUUGUCAAUGUGUUCGUUGAUUUCCUGUAGAUCAGAAGGACAUUGCUGAUGUCCAUCUUAUAGGUUGUUAAUCUUUUUCUUUCCUUUCUUUCACUUUGAUUUUGCUGCAAAGCUUAUGUAUAAUAAAAAGUGUCAUCAAUCUAUCAGUUUGAUUGAAAAGUUAUGAGAAGGAUACUUAUGUGAUUUUUCAUCUGUGAAAAUGCUGUAGGAAUAACAUGUGAGUUUGACC